UUAACUGUUACUGCGUUCGGCAUGAAGUCCCGAGCGAACCCGUGGGAUGCUCCUGUCUGUCCAGCACCGUGAGGACCAGAGGAGAAGGAGAACAUGAUGAGGUUUCCUGUACGCCGGGCAGCACACAGGUGGUUAAUCGUUGCAGGUGUGGCUUUGAGUUUUAUCAUUGUCACGAAGUUCGUAAUGCAGCGGCUCCAGACUGAAACAAGUCAACCUGUUCAGUGGCACGUCAACCCUGCGCAUAAAGAACUCGUGCAUCAGCAUGUGCGCAGGGUGCUGGAGGGUCAGUGUCGUCCCAACAGCGCCAGGCUCAACCUGCUGGCUCGGAUGCCAGCUGUCAAUCACGCGACGCAACCCUUCCUGUGGAGCGAUAAGCCGGUUCCUGACGACUUGUUCAGAUACCGACCCCCGUUUGGGUUUAAAAAUCUCCGGGGCAAAGUUGAGGACCUGCUGCAGUUGCUGCCUGGCUCUCACUCUGCCACCCUGCCGGAGAAGACGUCCGGUAAAUGUCGACGAUGUGUCGUUGUGGGAAACGGAGGCAUCCUCAAAGGCCUGGAGCUCGGCCCUCUGAUCAAGCGAUUUGAUAUUAUCAUCAGAUUGAACAGAGGUCCUCUGGGAGAGUUCAGUGCUGAUGUUGGGAAUCGAACCAGCAUCAGGAUGAGUUACCCGGAGGGCACGCCGCUCCGCUGGGUGGACACGGACACAGACACGCUCUUUGUAGCGGUGGUGUAUAAGAAAAUUGACUUCAGCUGGAUUUCUGCCAUGAUAAACAAGCUCCGUGUGCCUCUGUGGGACUGGUUCUUCUUCUGGCAGAAAGUUCCAGACCAGGUCCCUCUUGAACCUCAGCGGUUCAGACUCCUGAACCCCCAGGUCAUCAGAGAGAAUGCAUUAGACCUCCUGAAAUAUCCUCAGCCCACACAACGCCUGUGGGGCUGGGACCAGAAUGUGCCAACCCUGGGAGUGUCUGCGCUGAACUUAGCCAGCCUGCUGUGUGAUGAGGUGAGCCUGGCCGGGUUCGGCUACAACCUGUCCCAGCAGGGCGUGCCCCUGCACUACUACGACCAGCUGCCGCUCAGCGUCAUGCAGCAGGAGAAGAUGCACAACGUGGACAGUGAAACUCAGUUUCUGCAGAGCCUGCUGGCCGACGGAGCCAUCACUGACUUGACGGGAGGAAUCCACUGUUUGUUCUGCUCCAGUUGACACCCGCUGGAUUUCACUGCAA